AUGGCAUCUCACGUCACUACCAGGAAGCUUCCUGACGAGAGUAUACUCGCAAUCGCAGAAUACAGCUUCGAUAAGCACUCGCCAGAUUACGAAACGCUGUAUAACGCCUGUCUCGUCUCGCGGCAGUUUGCACGAAGCUUUGUGCCCAAGCUUUGGCAUACAAUCGAUCUCGCGAGACUGUCACAAUUCAAGAGGAAGGGCCGCAUCGAGACCCUCAUGCGACUUCUUGCUGGCAAGAGCCUCUCUGACGAGUGCCGAUAUCUGAUCAAGCGCAUCGACAUGCCAGAAGGCCUCAAAAUUGACACCGAUGUUCUCACGAUACUGGGCAACUCUCUGGAUUGGAUCAAAGGAUACUAUGCCGAAGGAUUCAAGGUCUACCUGCGUAGCCAGAUCUGCAAACGCCCAGACGCAGAGGACAGCAUACUAGCCUUGAUGAUGGUCCUAGCACCGGGCCUGGAAGAGUUGUCCUGGGAGCGUCGGGCGAGCUACACGGUAGUUGCUUCACUGUUCGCAUUUGCCCGUUACCCAAAUGUUUACUCGCGCCAGUAUAGAGGUGAUGAGACGCCCGUCAUCGCAAAUCUCAAAACCUUUGAGUUGCGUAACGCAGUUAUGAAAACCUCCGUGACCAGGCGACCGGCGAAAAUCCAACCGUUUUUCGUUGGCCACGAUUUGGAAAGCAUUGCGGUUGACAACAUUUGCUGUGUGGGCGCGCUGGACAGUGUAAGAGAAAUCUAUCCAGCACCCAGAUAUUGGUUUAAACGCCGGCUUCUUUCUGUCGAGUUCACAAUGUCAACCCUGGGAGCCAUAUUGUUCGAGAGCCUUCUGCGAUACUCCCCGCACCUUCGGAAGCUAGUCCUUGAGGACCACUUCUUCAGACCAGCGGCCGCGCCAGACAGCCCAGUGAUCACACUCGGGCGGAUGGGUGACACCUUGAGAACAUACGGGCAGUCUCUCACUCACCUUGAACUUCAUCACAGAGACAUACAUCCCUUCCACGAUGCCAGGCACGAGUUUGGACAUUUGGGAAGCCUGAAGAGCCUGACAAAUCUCCGGUAUAUUGCCAUCAACCAGACUUUACUAUCUGAAGAAGAUGGCUUAGGUCUCGGCUCGAUUUCAGUUAGCCACAGCAUCAGUGGCCUCUUGCCAACGUCACUGGAGGAACUACUCAUCGUUACACCGACAACCAGCACCCGAUCAGAAGGCCUGGAGAUGCUGAAAUUGCUGCAAAGAAAUGCAGAGUUCCAGACCCUCUCUCGGGUUGCCAUCACUGCACCUGGAGACGAUGCAGAUCCGUAUACGCCGAAAAAAGCCACCUCCUGGAAAACUGGCGGCUGGCAAUACGCCAGAUACGACAAGCAGAACCAACAGUACAAACUAUGCAGAGUUGGCCACGAGCUUGAUGAGUGGGUUUGUUCCGUGAUCCACCCGUCCACGUGGGGCUCUCUCCCCCGGAUUCCAGGCGGUCCAGAACAGAAGGGGCGCAAGCGGGAGCGCACUGGCUUCCUGCGUAGCCUGUUCCGGCGCGGGAAUUAA